ACGGUGUGCAAAGAAGGACGUCAGUAUGGAUGGGCGGCAGGCGGUUUGCAAGUCUGUAGGGGGUGAGGGUGGUGGCCAACGGGCCGGGCAGAGCCCGUCUAGAGGUUCAAGGGCGGUGGAGCGGUCGGAGUACGCACACCUGCCACCGCACUUGCAGCCUUUGCCGGACACAUCGGACGAGGAGGAGGACGACAGACGUUCACGUGCCGUGCCGCUGGGAAGCGGGUCUACGCAGGAGUGGACGGCCACAGAGCUUUGUGGAAGCCGCGAGCCCAGUUACGGGCAGUCGUACACCCAGCUCCUCCAGCAAGGCCUGAGCGGUGACGAAGGAGAUGGAGCGUCGUCGGUCCGCGUGGCGUCGGGGAACAACAAGGAUCCUCGUACGCAGCAAUACAGGGCGUCGUCUGCUUCAAGGGGUGCCUCACCUCGCCCGUCGUGGAUGUUGUCCCCGUCUCCCCUGUCCGGCAAUUCGAGUGCGGCUCGCAAUCGGGGGGAAUGCGGGGAGCAUGAUUGCGAGAUCGAGGAAAGAGGUGACGAACGCGACGGGAGGGAGGUGUGGCAAGAACAGCGACGGAUGCUCCAUCCGCGACGGCAAGAAUCCAUAACACGGGGCGUGCAGCGACUGCGAGUGGUGGACGACGAAAACGACGGCGACGCACCUGAUGUCGGCGGCAACGAUCAGGACUUGAAUGACGACGACUGCGGGGGUGGGGAGGACGACGCAGGUCAAGCGUCUGUUCGCAACGGUGGGCGGGGGAAGAAGGCGAUGGGGAAGGGGAGCGACGUCGAAGCUGACGGCGAUGCAGAAGGCGGUCGUCAUUUUUGGUCCGUCGACGACAUGGUGGCCCUGAUACGGGCUAAACGUGACCAGGACGCGCAUCUGCAGGGAAUGGGCACCGCGUACGCUCGUAUGAAGCCGCGAGAAUGGAAGUGGUUGGAUGUGGAGCAAAGGCUGAAGAAGGUGGGCGUGGAGAGGAAGGCAGAACGGUGCGGGAAAAAGUGGGACAAUUUGAUGCAGCAGUUCAAGAAGGUGCACCACUUCCAAGGCUUGUCCGGGAAACAGGACUUCUUCCCGUUCACAGGGAAGGAGCGGUUGUCGAAGGGCUUCAGUUUCAACAUGGAUCGUGCGGUUUACGACGAGAUCCUGGGGUCGACUGCCAAGAGCUACACCAUUAACCCCAAGAACGUCGCAGACACUGGUGCUCCGGGGGGUGUGCGUCUGCCGUCGACGAAUUCUGGUGAUCCGGAGUCUGUCGGGGAUGGGGACGCUGCUGUAGGGCUGGACGACGACGACGACGGGUCGACGAGAGGUUCUUCUCAGACGACGGGAGGCCCUGCUGGCUUCGGCAAGAGGAAGAGCACGAGGCAACAAACUUUCGACGUUCUGUCGGAAUGCAUGGAGAAGCACAGGGCUCUGGUGGCGUCGACGAUGGAAAGCAACAGCAAACGGCAGUGUUCAAUCCAAAUCCAGCAGUGCGAGGCAUUGGAAGCGGAGGUUGAGGUGCAAAAGAAACACUACGCUGCGUCCGACGAAGUUAGCAAACUGAUGUGCCACGCUCUGCUUGAGAUAGCAAAGGCCAUCCGCGAGCGUUCUGGACGCGGGAGAUCUGCCGGGAAACAGGCGGUCGACGCGUCUCUCCGAGAUAAAAGGGGCCGCCACGUGGCGAACAAACAGAGAAAGCUCGUCCAAGGGGCCUCUGCGAUAGCGAUACACGCAGACGCGGAAGACUGGGUGGCGGAGGGAGACGAUUCACAUGUCGAAAGCGACUUCGCCGAAUCGGAGGAAAUCCCAAUGAAGCGCAAGUCCUCCAAAAGGCAGACUGGAGCCCUCCGGAUCGAUGACAUCGGCGAGAGGCGUAGCGCAGGGUGUCGCGGGGCAAAUGAACAAGACGUCAAUGUCGCCGCUCGUCCGGCGACGGGACGAGCCGUGGGGAGUGCCGCCACGCAGCAGAACCGUGCGCCUUUGCCACGUGUCAACGAACCCCCGGCCUCGCAAGAGGUGUUCGUCCGCGGCCGAACGCCAUCAACCCCACGACAAACGACGGCCACAGAAGUCGGCGUCGCCGCACAAGGCAUUGCUCAGGGGAUCACCAGCCGAUCUCCUGCGCGUGACGAGCGCAGGGCGUCGACGGUGGUUGCGGCGCGCGCUGCAGACGUGGCAAAGGCAGGCGCCGCAACGGCGGGUGGUGCGUCCCAGGCUGCUGAAGGGGGGAGGUCAGUCGGGGCCGCAACUGUGAGGGCUUCGCAUGCGGUGGAAGGAGCCAGGGAAGGUGGGGGGAAUGCUGGCGAAGGGAGCAGGGCACGCGCCGUCGCUGGAGUCGGGGAGGACGAUGAAGCGCUGACGAACAGGCUGCCAUUGUGGUUCGUCGGUGCUUACAUCGAGGACAGGCACGAGGACGACGAGCUGGUGGCGUAUCAGGAAGCGAGCGUCCAGAGACUGGUGGGUGCGUUCACGAGCGCCGUGAGCACGGCGGAGGGAGUCGACGGCGGUCGGGUGUCGCAUGAGAGGCUGAAGAGCGUAGCCGAGGCGAUGCAGGUAAUGCUCGCCGCGACGAUGUGGCUUAUGCGGAUGGGCGGUGGCGAUCGUCGUGCCCAUUACAACACGUGGGUAUUCGUCCAGCUGACGGCGAAACCCACAUUAAUCGCAUCCAUGCAUCGCUCGUUCGACGCGCGUCGCCACAUCGUGCAGGCCGCAACUGCCAUCACGGAUAAGCUGGCGAAACCCCCGAUCACCUUGCUGGCCCCUCCACUGUACAUCCCGGACUGGGUGUCAAUCGGCGUGAAAUUUCUCGCACGACGCCACUUUGUCUUCCCCAAUGGAGGCUCAAAAGCUCCAUUGGUUGGGCACAGGGCCACCGGAAGACGGCGAUGACGCCACUGUGAACGACAAUAUGAGCGCGGGGGGUUCAUGAUGCCUUUGGGUGCACAGGGAGUAGU